CACAGCCUGCCUCAGUCACUUCCUGUCCACUGAGUGUGAGCCUCUCUGUGACAUAAGCUAAACACCUAGCGUCCAUUACAGUUAUGCAAAUGAGGCUCUGACGUCAUUUAGCGACCUUUUCGGACAGCCAAUAGCUACUUUCCUUACUGAGCAGUUGGUCACACUGGUGUUCACAUGAAUAACGGCCUGACGCAGCUUGCUGGUGGCUGCGCGUGAAUGAGGAUAAACCUUGAAACUGUGGCCACUUCAGCUGGACUUUGGAUGCUGCCGUCCACGCCGACGUAACAGCUACAAGGUCUGUGAUUUGACUUUAGAUUCCGGGUGGUCGUGAAGUGCUGUGGUUUUAUUUGAGGAAUGCAGCGGCCACCGAGCUCCACUUCUCCUUGAGCGCACUCGGUGAACAUGAACGCUGUUUUUGACGAGGAAGCAGUGUCGUGCAUUUCAAACUGACGGUUAUUAGUUUUUUUACGAGUCAUGGCGAACGAGUUUGUGAAGACCUUUGUGCAGACGUGUAAUUAUCUCCAAGAUCCACGUCAUGUAGCGAGGUUUCAAUACGUUUGUGGCGUUAAAGGAACAUUUCCGGUUAAGCCGAGCAAACCGGAUGGUGGGGACUCGGAGACCAACUGUCCCGGACUGCGGAAGAGGGUCCACCAGGGAGGACCGAGCCCAGACGCUAGUGUUGACAAUGGGGCCGACGGGGAUGCGACUGCUUCGCUGGUUAACGGGAUGCAGGGCGACGUUACCGUCGGGCCGGAAGGUCCACCAGUGGACCCGGACACCACCAGAGCGAAACCCCUCCGGAGGAACUCCCUGACCGGAGAUGUGGGUCAAGAGUUCCUCAUCCAAAACAAGUUCCUGUUCUACCUGUUCACGUUUGGCACUGAGCUGGGCAACGAGAUGUUCUUCAUCGCCUUCUUCCCCUUCCUCUUCUGGAACAUCGACGCCCUGGUCAGCCGGAGGCUCAUCGUGGUCUGGGCCUGGAACCUGUUCGUGGGACAGACCACCAAGGACAUGGUCCGCUGGUCCCGGCCGGCCUCUCCUCCCGUAGUGAAGGUGGAGGUCUUCUACAACUCCGAGUACAGCAUGCCGUCCACGCACGCCAUGACGGGGACCGCCAUCCCCUUCUGUCUCUUCAUGCUGACCUAUGGACGGUGGCAGUAUCCAUUCCUCUUUGGCUUUUGUGUGGCUCUCAGCUGGAGUAUCCUGGUGUGCGUGAGCAGAGUCUACAUGGGGAUGCAUUCUAUUCUGGAGGUAAUAACGGGCUUCCUCUACAGCCUUCUUAUUCUAGCCUUUUUCCAGCCAAUUUUGGAAAAGAUCGACAACUUCUACAUGAUGAACCACUUUGCUCCUCUUGUGAUUAUCGUGUCCCAUGUGAGUCUCGGACUGGUGGCUUUCUCUCUGGAUUCCUGGAGCACCUCUCGGGGUGAUACAGCUCAGGCUCUGGGCACCGGGGUCGGAGCUGCCAUCGCUACCCAUGUGAACUAUCAGCUGGGGCUGCUGCUGGAUCCACCACUGUCCUCACUUCCUCUAACUUUCCCAUCAAUCAGCACUAGUUUGGUGGCUCUCGCUCUGCUGCGCUUCCUCAUUGGAGUCGCCGUUAUCCUGGUCACGAGGAUGGUUAUGAAAGCAGUGACUAUUCCGUUCCUAUGUCGACUGUUUGGGCUGCCUGCAGAUGAUGUAAGACAAGCGAGGCAGCACAUGAAAGUAGAGCUGCCAUACCGUUACAUUGUCUACAGUGUUGUUGGUUUUAGUUGUGUCUGUGUGGGGCCUCUCAUCUUUAGGAUCUUAAACAUUGCCUGAGUGUUGUGUGCAAACUGUCAUUUCCUGCUGACAUGUUCACCUCGUGGUGAAGGCAAAGAGCACUUGGAAACAUGCUGCUGGUUUCGACACAAGACAAAGUUCUGUUUCUGCACGACAGAAACUGUUUUAAAGUAUACAUUUGGUGAUCUUCUGUUUGUUUUUUGUAUUGACUAUAUUUCUCUGUGUCAAUGAGCUGUUGCUCAGGGUGACAUAUUUCUUCAUUAUGUUGAGCAUUGGCACUGUAUUUUAGAUCAAGCUGGUCCCACACACACCAUUCUCACACUGUGAAUGCACUAAAACUGUGGGACCACUGGGACCAGUGUGCUUUGGGGCCCAGAGCCACAGACUAUAGGAAGUAGGAAUACAUUGAUGCACCAAAGCAUUGUUGGUUUUCAGCCUUUUCAUGGGAUUUGUUGACCAUAACAAUAUAGAACAUCACCAACCUUAUCCUUUAAAAGCCACCUGUGGUUGACACAUAUAAGGGUUAACUGCAACUUUGCAUUUAAGGAAUCUAUCAAAUGUACUGUCAUGAUGCUUGCAUUCAAUACUGAGGUAAUUGGAGACCAAAACCGUGGAUCACUUCACUUCAGUUGUUGCUGUGCUUAAAUACAAUCGGCCUCUAAGUUAACAGUCGUCGGGGUAGUUACUCUAUUUAAAUACUGGAGAAACAGGUCUGUUGUAGCCCUAAGACUGUUUCUGCAGUAACAUAGGCAUGAUCUAUUACCUCCUUUUUUUUGUACAUUUGUUGUGCUCGUUUCAAAAAACAUUUGCAAUUUUUGGUCAAGUGUAAGUUAAGUGCUCUGAAUAAUCGUUUGAAAGCUUAAAAUUAAUAUAAAAUAUUUUUGAUAAAGUAUUUUGACAUCUUUCCUAAUUUCAGCUGAAUUGUUGCUGUAGAAAGAAAUCUAAAUAUAUAUUAUUCAUACUUUAUUUUGAGACUUGUAUUUUCAGCUUUAAUUGAUUAUUUGCUGUUGUAAUGUCACAAUAAUGAUUUGCUUUAAUAUUUAUGUCAGCAUUGUAUUGCCUGAGCAUUUAUACUAAGUACUCAUCAAUAUAUACAGGUCUUAUUAUUAUUAUUAUUAUUACCUUUCAUUCCCACAUUAGGUUUUCUGUUAUGCAAGGAUUUUAUCCUUUUGAAAAAGAAAUAUGGAAACAAGGAGAAUAAAAUCUUCCAAAAAAACGA